GGUGGCGUCGUCUCAGGACGCCCGGAUGCAGAUCCGAGCGCUGCGUAUGGAGCUGCUGCGCAGCGAAGAGGAGAGGGCCAAGGCCGCGCGGGAGGCGGAAGUAGCUCGGCAACUGAUGGUCCACACUUUCGACAUGGCUGCGGCGGCAGUUGCUGCGGCGGCGGGGUCGGAGACGCCCACUCGCUCGCGGCCGCACUCGCAACCGAGCGUGCACGUGCGCGCGCGGUCCUGGAGCCCCCGCGCCGCCGCACUAGCUGCUGGCGUGAUGGAGCCUCCAUGGGUGUCCUCCGCUCCCGCACAGCUGAUUUUUUCGGCUCGCCAGGCGACACCCGCUUCAAUUAGGCUAACCUCUCCGGACACGGCAACGGAGGAGGAGGAGGAUGCUGGCCGAGCAGGUGACGUGGAAGCAGAGGCCUCGAUCGUCAGCAGCCCCAACGAGGCCAGCAGCAGCAACCCCAGCAGCUCCCGCACCUGCGAGCCGCAGCCGCUGGCGUCGCUGCUGCUGCUGCCGGCUUCGCAGCAGCAACAGCAGCAGCCUAUAGACAGUGGUCAAGGUUUGGAAGCUUACAGCAGUCUAGUCCAAUCCGCCUCUGCCGUCGCAGCAGCCGCACCUACACGUGCUGGAAAUGUUGAGAAGGCAGAAGUGGAUCCGCCUAAUUGUGUACAUUCAACGGCGGAGGCUGCGGUGGCAGGGAUGACGGUGACGGUGGCGGACACUCCGCGAGAACGGCCGUGCCCGCUGCCGCCAUCGCAGCAACAGGCUGGUAGCAUUGGCCGACAGCGCGGCAAGAAACCUCAGGCCCCACCGCUGCAGCUGCAGGAGGCGCUGCAGCUGUGGCGCAUAGAGAACACGAGGCUGCAGGAAGAGAACAGCCAGCUGAGGCAGGACAUGAAACCUAAGCUGAGACAGGAGCUGCAAUGGCUGACUGCCACUAUCGCCACCCACGAGGCGCUCAACGCGCAGCUGCAGUCAGAGCGCGAUGCGGCGCUACAGUUGGCAGAGGGCUUGCAGGAGGAAAACGCCCAGCUGCAUCGGACCGUCGCGGAUCUGCAUCGCCAGCUGCAUUCCGCGCACGCGGUGGCAGCGGCAGCGGCGGUGGCCGGGGCCCAUGCGUCGGGAGAGGAUGGUGACGACCCUGCUAUGGUGGCUGCUGCCAGUGCCGCGGCGGCUGUGGCGGCAGCCAAUGCGCGUGCAGAAGAGUUGGAGGCCCUGGUAAUUCACAUGCAGAGGGAGGUAGAGGCGGCGACGGCGACAGUGGAGGAUGCGCAUGCACGCGGCAGGGCGGCGUUGGGCGAGGCUCAGGAGCGGGUGCGGCGUGGCGAGACAGAAGCGCAGGAGUUGCGGGCGCAGCUUGAGGCAGUGAUGGACGAGGUAGAGGACCUGCGCGCCCGGUUGCAGGCCUACGAAAUCGGGAGCAUCUCCUCGCUAGGCACAGAUCUGAACGGCAGCUCUGCGCCGUUCACCCAGCGGAGCGAGCUCGGCUCUGCGCCGAUCACCCAACGAAGCGAGCUCGGCUCUGCGCCCAUUACCCAGCGAAGCGAGCUUGGCUCGGCGCCAGUCACCCAGCGGAGCGAGCUCGACAUUAGGCCGUUCCGCACUCGCCGCGGCGGCAUACGCGGUAGCAGGGGUAGCGGGGGGAUCUCGUCCAGCGCAGCCGCGACAGUUGCCGAGGCAAUGGCCCAGUUGGAGUUGGAAAUGAAGAAGUUUGAGGAGGAAGAGAGGCUGUGCUCGAGCGCGCGUGAGCCCGCCACCUCGGACCAGCCCCAGCCACCCUUGGGCCAGCAGGAAAUGGCCCAACAGGAGGCUCAGCACGACACGCAGACGCAGAUUACAUGGGGUUCGUCGGAUCACGGGGGGACGGAGGGAAGCAUGGGAGGGAGCGUCAGGAUGCGCCUGUCGGCACCUCUUCAUCGCCGCCAUCGCACUGGUCGUCCUAAUUCUGUGGACAGCACUGCUGGUAAUGGUGGCGGUCGUGGCGGUGGCAGAGGCAGCGCCGCUGACGGAAGAGAGGAAGAGCUCGAGAAGGGCACAAGCACAGACUUGGUUGCGGCGCAGGCGGUGACGCAGCAACCCGGAGGCAUUGCCGUACGUGCGGUCAACAAAUUGAUGUCAGCACACAGGGCCAGUAGUAGGAUGGUGGAGGUGGAGAGCAGCGGCGACGGAGGCAGCCGUGCAGCGAAGCAGGACGCCUGCCUCACCCUCACUGGGGGCACGGGCCGGAGCCGUUUGUGUCGACAGGAUACGGAGCAGGCAUUAGAUUCGGAUAGGGCUCGGGAGUUGGAACCGGCGUUGGAGCCUGUAGAGAUCCUGCAGAGUCUGUGCAUGCAGUACGCCACGGCAGCAGCUGCUGCCGCGGCCGCCGCCGACCCUUCCAUGUCGAAUCUCCGUGCGUCGGCGGAGGAGGCCCAUGCUGCGGCGGCACUGGCGGCUGCGGCGGCGCGGCAGCGAGUCAUGGAGGAGAUUGAGGCGGUGCGCGCCGACGCGGCGGCGGCAGUGGAGGAGGCGACGGCACAAAUGGCGGAGGAGCUGGCGGAGGCGCAGGAUGUGGUGGCAAGGCAGGAGGCCAUCAUCGGGGACCUGCAGGGGCAGUUAAUGAAGGCGCUGAGGGAGAUGGAAUCGCUACGGCACCAAUCGCAGUCGGCGCGGGAGCUGAGUCAUCAGCUGCAGCAGCAGCUACUGCUACUCCAGGGCGAGACUACGGCACGGCCGCAGCCUGAGCUCACGGCGGCGCUGGAGGCGGCGUUGGAGGCGGCUGAGGUGGCAUUACUUAAGGCGGAGGCGCGAGCCGCCGCGGUGGCGGAGGAACGCGACGGCCUAAAGGAACGGCUGAAGGUUGUGGCGGCGGCUGCUGCUGCCGGCGCCGCCGCUGCGGCCGCAGCCCGGGGCGGCGGCGCCAGCUCGGACGAGGAUGAGGAGGUGGAGAAUCCGGAGGAUGCGGAGGCACGGCGACCGCUGCUGGCGCCGUCGCCGUGGGUGCCGGCCGGAGGAGGGAGGGCAGGAGCCGGACGCACGCCGCCGCGCUUGGGCCCCCGAAGCUGCCAAGACGAUAACGCGGACGGUCCGGGUGCAGAUGCGUCCGAAGGACACAGUCGUGAUGCAGGAAAAGGAGGCGCGGACGAGGUGAAGUCCGGAGACGAGGAGAUGUCAGCGCCAGUGGAGGUACAGAGGCAGCAGACUGACGAGGUCGUUUCGGUGGUGCGAAGGCUGCGGCUUGAAGGAGAGGAGCAGGAGGCAGUGGUGAGGCAGCUGCACAAGGAUUUGGUGGGAGCGAGGGAGGAACUGAGUCGAGCGCUGGAGGAGAAGCUUGCCGCGGAGGAGAAAGCCAGCCGACUCCGAGCCGCCCUAGAGGAGUGUAAGAAGCGCCUGCGGCGGGCCGCUAACGAGAACAAUGCCCUGCGUUCCGAGAGCCAGCAGCGCAUCGCCGAGCUGACCAGCACCCGGCGGGCUGUGGAGGAGCGGGAGGCCAAGCUGGCGGCCCUGAGGGCCACCUUGCUGGUGUGUGAGCUGCCCGGCAAGGAGCUGUCCUUCAGCGGCGGAGGCACGAGCAGCGGUGGUGGAGGCGGUGGACGUGGAGGAGCAGGAGGCAGCGGCCGCGGUACACCCAGCACUGUCGCCGCUGCCGCCGUGGCAGCAUCACCGCAAGCUGCUGUUUCUGCUCCUGCCGGCCCACCUCCAGCGCGUAGCAACAGCCAGGGCCCAACAGGCUCCGGAAGCAAGCCAGCGGCGGUCAAAACGGCUGCGGCUGCGGCCACCGCUACGGUCACCACAGCAGCUCGGCCAGCAGUGACAGCUCCAGCUCCCCAGGUCUCGGCUGCGGCCUUGGCGGGCGGCGCCAGUGGCGACGGCAGCGGUCGCACCACUGCGAAGGAGGCCACCACAAGCGGCGCCAGUAAGGGUGGAAGCGCCAGUAAGGGCGGGACAAGCGUGGGGCCCAAGGAGGACCACAGCAGCGGCGGGGUCAGCAGCGGCUGUAGCAACGGCGCGGUUGUGGGUGGCAAUAGCAGCGGCGGGGUCAGCAGCGGCUGUAGCAAUGGCGCGGUUAGCGCGGAUAGCGGCCCUGGCGGAGGCGGCCGUCGUCUGGUGAUGGCUAGGCCACCGGCAGUGCGGUCUCAUCCUUCAGGGGCAUCUUCAGCACGAGGCUGCAGCAGUAUCGCAGGGACCGCUGCCGCGGCGGCGAUGGCAGCAGGAAAUGCGAGCCUCAUGGAAGCUGCCGCAGCGGUGGCGGCGGCCAAGGACCGCUACGCGGCUGACUCGUACCGUGGAGGAGCGGAGGCAAUGGAGGAGGAAGAGGAUAAGUCCACCCCGCAGGUGGCACGCCGAGUGCUCUUGCACAGGAAGCACACACCAACCGGCAAGAGCCAGCCGCUGAACACCAGCUUGGUCCAUGGGCUAUUUGACCGGUUGGACCGCCUUGAGCGUUUGUACAGCAGGCGAUUGCAGCUGGUGCCACAGCAGUUGCACUCGAAGCAACAGCGGCCGUCCAAGCAGCGGCGACAACGACAGCGGGUGCGCGUUGGCCACCCAAGAAUAUUGCUGCCCCGGGGCUCCUUGUACACCAGCAGCAGGAAGCGAAGGCAGCAGCAGGUGGUACAGCUUCUAGACGUGAAGGCCCAGUUCUCUAGCGCCGGCUGUGGUUUAGAGCUGCUGGCACCGAGCAUGGAGAAGGUGGACGGCGCUGUGACGUACCCGACGAAAGGAGGAGGCACUGUUGCUGCUAUUACGGCGGCGGGAGCGGCGGCGGCGGCGCUGGUGGCGUCGGAUUCGAGAACCGUCGGGACGACGCCUGCAGAUGCUGCUGGGGCUGCAACGACAGCGGCUCUACUCCCGGCUUUGCGUGCGCAGCUAUGUAUCACCCUUCGGAAAGUAUAGACAGACAUUAGCGCUUUGGAAGGGUGGCUUACUUCGUAGUAUGAUUUUCUUGGAUUAGUCGAAGCAGCGGCAAAAGCAGUGGUGGCGGCAGUAGCGGCAGCUGUGGACGACAAGCCUAACCAGCAAGCAGGCAGGCUAUUGGUUGAUUAAUUGGUUGUGGUAGGUUGGCUGACUCGGCGGUUGAGUGGGUUGCUGCGUUGGCUUAGCGGGUGUUUGCAGACGGCGUGCCUCAUGCAACCGCCAUUGAGGGGUUGCGGUGGUGCGUGAUUUGCAGGGGGAAGGAGUUCAUGCAGAAGAUAUCAUGGGAAACAGGUGUUGUCUUCCAGGGCGUACAUAUUGAACAAGGAAUGCGCCCAGGGGAGAAGUUUGUGAGGGGAUGGUUGCUGCGCAGGUUUCUUUUUCGGUGUGCGGCAGGAAUUGGGUCCUGGAUGUCGGCCUGGCAGGUGUGGGCGCAUUUGGCUUUCAUCACUUUUUCCCGCCUUGAACAUUGUUUCUUUAGGAAAGGCCUGUUUGAGCGGUUGUCUUUGUGCUUCAUUUUGACUUCGCUUAAGCGGGCGAGGAUCAACCAUGUCCGGCAAAACUUAUGCAGCGUGCGCCGGCGACGGUUAACAAUGCCCGGCGAAUAUAAACUAGCG